CAACAAUAUUAUAAUCAUUUACUGUCAUAAGCGGCCGCGAAGUGACGUGUUUGUUUUUUUUUUCUAGUGAUUUACCGUUCCAUCAAUAAAAAAACAUGUCUGUGGCUGUAAAUAAAGGUAUAUACAUAGUGGCAGCCAAAAGAACCCCCUUCGGCCGCAUGGGGGGGAUGUUGCGGGAUGUCCACCCUUCGGACCUCAUGGCCGCGGCUGCGAGGGAGGCCUUCAAGGCGUCAGCGAUCUCUCCAGACAUAAUUGACACUGUUAAUGUGGGACAAGUGAAUGGGCUGAGUGGUACCUCAGACGGAGGUCUAGCUCCUCGCCACGCGGCUCUGAAGGCGGGAGUGCCGCAAGACAAACCGGCUCUGGGUGUGAACAGGCUCUGCGGAUCAGGGUUCCAGGCCGUCGUCAACAGCGUCCAGGACAUCUUAACUGGCACCGCCCAAGUCUCGCUUGCUGGCGGGACAGAAAAUAUGUCAGCAGUACCCUUCGUUGUUAGAAACGUACGUUUCGGCACUUCCCUGGGUACAAAUGUACCAUUCGAAGAUCUCCUCACCUCUGGUUCCUUGGACACUUACUGUAACUUCACGAUGCCGCAGACGGCUGAGAAUCUUGCAGAGAAAUAUGGACUGAUGAGAGGAGAGGUGGACGAUUUCGCUAUCCAAUCACAAAGACGGUGGAAAGCUGCAUUCGACGCCGGCGUGUUCAAAGAAGAGAUGGCUCCAGUCACAGUUAAGGUGAAGAAACAGGAAGUAGUCAUAGACAAGGACGAGCACCCCCGUCCAGAGACAACGACCGAGGCGCUCAAUAAACUUCCUGUGCUUUUCCGCAAGGGAGGCGUGGUCACUGCUGGCAAUUCUUCAGGCGUAAACGACGGAGCUGGAGCGCUGAUCGUGGCUAGCGAAGACGCCGUGAAGAAGCACGGUCUGAAGCCCCUCGCGAGGAUCCUCGCUUGGUCCUUCGUGGGAGUGGACCCUAGCGUCAUGGGCAUUGGACCAGUGCCGGCUAUAAAGAAUGUACUGUCUGUCACUGGCCAUAAGCUGGAGGACAUUGACUUAAUUGAGAUAAACGAGGCCUUCGCUGCUCAAACCCUGGCCUGCGUCAAGGAACUGGGCUUGGACCAGAACAAGCUCAACGUGAACGGCGGGGCUAUCGCUAUGGGCCACCCCCUGGGAGCUUCUGGUGCCAGGAUCACGGCGCACUUGGCACACGAAUUGAGACGUCGAGGACUCAAGAAGGGAAUCGGUUCAGCCUGCAUCGGCGGCGGACAAGGUAUCGCCAUCCUAUUAGAGUCAGUCUGAUGAUAGCAAAUAGAAGAGUUUCUAUAAUUUAAGUGUUGAUGAGCCUAAUGAACAGAGCAGCGAUAAAAUCGAAUUUAUAUAAAUUAUAAAAACUAACAUUUUUUAAAAAAUGUCCAUAUAAAAUUUUAUUUAAAAAAAUAAUUUAAAAAUAGUAAUGUAUGUACUUAACUUAAGAAUAAUUACCACGCAUAAAGAAAUUGCAUACAUAUAAUGAAAGGAAGAGUUAUUUUUAUAUUAUUAUUAUUUGUUACUUAAUUUAUAUUUUCUAUACGUACCUAAUUUUUUUAAAUAAUGUCGACUGAUAGCACAUACUUUUUUGUUAUGAAUAAUUGUAUUUUUAAUAAAUAUGUAUUACUGCA